AUACCAGAGGCAGAGGGUUUUUCUCUUCUCCUUUUCUCUCUCCCCAUCUCUCAUUUUUUUCCUUUUUCCUUUCAGGGUUUGGUUUGUGGAUCCUUUUGAUUCAAUUAAUGAGGAAGGGGUUUGUAUCUGGUAGGGUUUCUUACUGAUAGAACUGUGUAUUCGUUUCACGGUAAUCAUCAGCUUGUUUUGUCUCCUUUGAUUGUUUAGUGUGGAUUCAGAUCAUGUGGAGAGUGCCCAGUUAGAAGUUUGUCCUCAAGCUACUAAUUAUUAUCCUCCUUGUUUUCUUUUUAAAAAAAUCUUGUGAUUUCCCCUUUAGUAAUUUGGGGUUUUUGCUUAUUCUUUUGAUUGCUGGAUUAGGAGCUGUGGAUGGUCCAAAAGGGAAAGAAAAUUGGGAUUUCAGUUUUUCUUUUUAUUAGUAGUCAUUUCUUUCUAAGGAAUUGGGAUUUUGAAAAGGAGGAGAAUUUCACUACAUUUUCCCAGUAGAAGGUUUCUUGUGUUUUAGCAGUUGUUGCAAGGAUGCUGCUUUGAGUUAUUAUGGAGAAUUAGGUGUUUUGCUUGAUCAAGUAUUUUCUUUUUCUUUUCGGGUUUUUAUGCUGGUGUGCUGUAUAGUGAGAAAGAAUGGAAAAGGAAAUUGUAUGUGUCGAGGGGACUAAUUUAUGCAUGGGUGAUGAGAUUAAUUCUGAAAACACAUUUUGUGCUGAAAUGGAAGUUGAAGAGAAUGAAACUGGAAGUCCUAAGAGUGAAAUUCAGCUAUUGGCAGCAUCAGAAAAAGGUGAGGGAAGUAAUGUGGUUUUUUCAAGAGAAGGUCCUCUUAUAAGUAAAGAAUCGAGAAGGUCUGGUGUGUACCGCUGUGGUGCAAAAAAACUCAAGUCACACAUGGUCAUAACAGAGUCUGAUAUUGGCAAGAAAGAGAAUUUUGGUCAUGACAGGAAACUUACUAAACAAGACAGGAUAGAGUUAGGUCGGUUAUUCCAGGGUGCAGUGAGUUCCCAUGAUUGGGAGCUUGCUGAGAGUUUAAUUUUAUUGGCAGAUCCACAGACCCUUAAUGAUGCCUUGUGCAUUACGCUGGACUCCAUCUGGUUUUUAAGCACACAGCAAGAACUUCAUGGGCUCACUGGAUUGAUUAAGAAGAUCAUCUCCAAUGGUGCUUAUGACUUCACUAGAGCUGCUCUUAGGACUUCAUUUCUGGCUUCUUGUGUUUCUGCCUGCCAGAGCCGGACAAUGAGUCUUGCAGAUACAGUAACUGUAAUGGCUCGCAGGUUGCAUGAGCGUCUGCAAGAAUGCAAUGGGGAUGAGAUCUUAAAGGCAGAAGCCGGUGCCAAGGUUCAAAAGUUUACUGAAUGGGCUUUGAAAUGUAUAGGAUUCCAUUCCCGUUGCCAAGGGAACAGGGAUAACGUGAGUCAUAACUCAGCGAUUGAGAUUCAACUCCAACUAUCUGCAUUCAAGACAUUUUUAGACCUUGCGGGCAAUCACCUCACAGGGAAGGAUUUCACGGAGGCCUUUGAUGCAGCUUGUUUUCCACUGACUUUGUUUUCUAGCUCAUUUGAUCCUGGCUGGGCAUCUGGGAUAUCUGCUACUGCAAUCCAAGGAUUGUUGGGUAUGCUAGUAGAAGGCGGUGCAGACAAUGUUAACCAGUGCUUUCUUGAAGCCUCUCGUUUUGGAAGUACAGAACUUGUGCGCAUCUUAUUGCAGAUUGCCCAAAGGAACAGCUUAGACGUUGAUGUUGAUCUGGCCCUUGGUUUUGCUUCUCACUACUGUAAAAUUGGUACUAUGGAAUGUCUGGUGGAAGAGGGAAAUGCUAUAGCUUUCUUAGGUCCUUUGAUGAGAGCAGCAGAAAGAGGCUGUAUGCAGGUUGUACAGUGGUUUGUAAACAGGGGCUGUCGUGACAUGGAGCUUUGUCUUGCCCUUACAGCUGCCACUUCCAGUAGCCAAGUUGAUGUUGCUGCAUAUCUCCUCCCUCAUGUACCCCAGCAUGUUCUUGCGGCCCUCAGCAUUGAAAUUCUAAAGGCUGCUGGUGAACGAAGUGGUGGGUCACUUGAUGGUGUGGCAUUUCUACUUCGUUCUGAUUUCUUAGGUGAUCCUGCUGCUACGUAUGCUGUUGCGGACAGCAUUGCUAGAUCCGAUGACGAGGCUGUUGCACCUGAGCUAAGGGCUUUUCUACGGGAGCAUUGGUCAGAGGCAGCUUUCUUGGAUGGAUUAAAGCAAGGACAAGUACAUUACAUGAACCUAGUAAGGAUUUUGAAAUGGGGUGGAUCUCCUAUGUGCCUAAGGGAUCUGCCAGGCCCUCUCAGGGUAGCAAUUGCUUACCUCCCACUGUACAGGGAAUGUGUUGCAGCAGGUGGUUGUUUAUUUUCACAAAGGCUAAGGGGACAGCUUGUUGAAGGUGUGAGAAGGCUGGGGGGUGGGUCCUUAGAAGGGGUGAGUCAGGGCAGAGAGCUAUUGGCUAUUUUGGAGCAUCACCUUCCUCCGUUUUUUGUUCACUCCCCCAGCGCUGGCUAGAAAGAUGAUUUUGCAUCACAGAUUUUCACUGCAGUUUUUCCCCUUCGUACCCUAUAUAUGCUAUAGGCAAUAAAAUAUUUCAGCUGUGGUUAAGGUGAAGAAGCUUUGAAGGUUUGCCAAUUCUCAUUGCAUGAUACGGUUGGCUAAAAAUCCUAUACUCCCCAUCUGCCAUCUCUAUAGCAUAUAUAUACAUAUCUAUAUAUAUCAUCUGCUAAUGGAUGUGAAUGUUGAUCUGUAAGAUAUAAGACACAGAGCAACUAUUGUCACAAAGGGUUGAUGAUUUUAUGGUGCGAUUGUAUAUCAGCCAAUAUAUUUCUCUUUUUCCGUA